AGAGCAAUCCAACAUGGCGCCGUAGGGACGUUGUUAUUGUUUCGUCGCCUCCAAUAUUUUGCAGUCAAGAUUAAAUUCUUCAACCGAAAAACGUCAACGGGAAUGAGAGGAACGUUUGUGAAGAAUGUUACGGUCCACUGGCUUCUUUCGAGGGAUUGACUGCCCGUUUUACACCGAUUACAGCGAAGGGAAAGGCGGAAAGAAUGGGUGUAACAGACCGUACUGUCACUUCAGGCACAGCCAACAUCGACUCCUGUCCUACGGAGCCGCAGAAGGCAAAAAGAAAGAGCUCCCGGCUGCUCAGAAAGAACAAGGCUAUGACCCCUUUAACCCAGAGGUGGUGCAUCCACCAGAGCCUCAGAAUGAGCAGGCAGCCUCAGGUGACAUCAACGGAGCUUUGGCUUUGGUUAACCGGGCGAUCGAGGAGGUGCGCACCCAGAUGGAGAGAGAGAAGAGGAAACUCUCUCGAAUCGGAGAUGAACCCUAUGACCCCAGUGACAAUGCCUCACUAGAGAGCACCAAGCCAAACACCUCACACAUGACCUAUGACCCUGGGAGUUACCAAAUGACCUCAGGAGACUAUAACCCUAGUCCAGGCUGCAGCAAGUACACACUGGAUACAACCACAGAAGAAAAGAAUGCAAACUCUAUGGAGUAUGUUCCUACCUUAAUGAAAAAAUCAACAGCUCGGACUCAGAAUCUCUCGUUAUCUCCUACAAGUCCUAAGUAUUCCAACAGCACAUCCACAAAAUCAAAAUACACUCUGGACAAUACCAAACCGUCUACAGACAUGGAGUACGAUCCAUUAUCGAAUUACUCGGCAAGUAUCGCAGGGAAGAGCAAGAAAGAAGAGGUUGUAAGUGGUAAAACUGAUGGGAACAAGUCAUCCAGAGUACAAAUCUCUACUGAGGAGUAUGUAGUUUCUGUUAAAAAAACACCACCAGCUUCUAUAGACACUAAAAAGUAUACAAUUUCGGAUUCGGAUGGGGAAAGUUCUGGGACAGAGUAUAAACCAACUUCAAUAACUAACCUGCAGCUGAAAAAGGACAGCAGUAGGACAGAUAUAGAUGUGGAUUGGAACAAGGCAAAAACAAGGAAAGAAUGUGUUCAAAAUGCGCUGACACAAAGGAAUAAACAAGAGGUGAUUGACUCAACAAAGCUGGACCAUGUCAAACACAAGAGUAGUCCACAGAAAAGGAAAUUGGAAAAUGACAAAGUUGAGAAAAAAACUGUUAAAGACUUGAAAAAAUCCAAUACAGUGUCUUGCAGUAAGAGUAGCAGCGGUAUUGAUAAAACAAUGGUGUUAAAAACCUCAAAUCAUGACACUUCGAAGAAAGAAAACAAAAGCUAUGGAAAGAAGGAGGGGGAGAGGAGUAGAGAUAAGAUAAAAACGAGUAAGGAGGGAGGGAAAGAGGAGAGACAAAGCGAUUUAAAGGUGAAAUCUGUAGACAAAGUAAAAACGGACUCAAGCAAUAAACAUCACAGAGAUACUGAAAGCGGUGGGAGUGGAAGCAAGAAAGCCAAAAUAUCUGAUAAGGAAAAGAGUAGACAUCACAGAAAUGGACAACUUGAAGGUAGUAAGAGUUUGAAAGAUUUAGAUGGCAAAACUAGUUCUAGUAGUCGUAGCAGUAGUAGUACCAACAGUAAAGGGACUAGUAGUAAAGAUAAAAUUAUUAAAAACAGCGGUAGCCCUAGAAGCUUGAAAAAAUCUGGGCAGAAAGAGCGAAGUUUAAGCUUGAGUCACGCCGAUCUGUUUGGCGACGAGAGCCCGGAGGAGGCGGAGCCAAUUGAAGUCGACGAUGACGACAAUGAAGAGGAGGAGAUGUUGGUAAGAAAAUGCGCAGAAGCUGUGAAGAGACGAUUAAAUAAGAGGAAAGCAUCGGAGCUGACUCCAUCCAGCUCAGAAGACGAGGCCGAUAGUGCGGUGAGCAGUAAGGCAGCUAAAGACCACGUGGAGAGUCUGGGCAUUGACCUGUCCAGUCUGCAGGACGAUCUAGACUUUGAAUCCGACCCCCUCGAGGAGUGUUUGAGGAUAUUCAAUGAGUCCAAUGCUGUGAAGAAGGAGGAUAAGGGAAGGCAAGCUAAACAGCAGGCUUCAAGAGAUUCAGACGAGGAGAAGGGCACUGACAGCACUUUAACCACUCUCUUUCCUGGUCAGAAGAAGAGAGUCUCCCAUUUUGUUGCCAAAGGAAAUGUGGAAGCGCCCCCUAAGGCUUUGGUGCGUCCCUUCAAGCGUCCCACAGCUCAGGAGGUGUGUUACCAGAGGAUGCAGUUGGCUCAGCAACAGGCGGCUCAGCUCUCUGCAGCAGUUAAAGCGUCUGCACAGAGCCAAAGCCCGGGGGUCUCUGGGGAAAAGAAGAGGAUAGCACACCGCCCCAACCCAAGCAUCACAGCUAAUAAAACAGGUGCUGCAAAAGUGAAGCCAGACCAAAGCCGAGUGUUGUCUCCCAGUCAAACACAGCCGUCUGUCCGGGGUCAGACCACAGCGGGGAUCCUGUCCAAGACCUCGACCACGGUGCAGCAGAGGAGGGUGGCACAUACCCCCACUCUCAAGAGCACAUCUAUGAGGCGCCCUGUCAUCCCCACUGAGUUUGGAGCCAAAGUUCCCACCAACAUCCGGCAGCGAUACCUCAACACGUUCAUCGACGAAUGUGUCAAGUUCUGUGCGUCAGAGGAGGCUGCUUUUCAGAUGGCUCUUGAUGAGGAGAAGAUGGUGUACGAGCGCAGCAGCAGUAAAAACAUUUACCUGAACGUCGCUGUGAACACCUUGAAAAAACUCAGAAGCAAAAGCAGCCCAUCGCCAUCUCCUGUCAGCAAACCAGCAGCCUUGGUGUCAAACAGAAGAGCCCAGUCCCAUGAGGAGGUUCUGGGGGGUCGUUUGGCAGCGACCACCAGCUUCACUGUGAACAGGACAGGCAAACAGAGCCAAGAGAAGCUCUCGGGAGCGACUCUGUACCAUAAGCUGAAGACAUAUUUGAUGACAGAGGAGCAGCUGCAGUUACACGGUUAUCCCAGAAAAGAUCCAGAGGCCUCGGGCAGAGUUAUUAUAUACAACCUCCCAGAGAAGAAGGCUACCUCCACAGACCCAUUCACAAAGGUCUGCUGUCGGUGCGGCACAGAGUAUAAAGUCACUUCCAAUGGAAACUGUGUCCGUAAAGAGGAGUGCACUUUUCACUGGGGGCGGUUACGCAGACACAAAGUGUCUGGAGGCUGGGAGACGAGCUACAGCUGCUGCUCUGGGGCUGUGGGGUCACUGGGCUGCCAAGUUUCCAAGCAACAUGUUCAAGAUGGGCGUAAAGAGUCAUUAGAUGGAUUUGUCAGCACCUUCAGUAAACCUCUGCCUGCAGAUGGCGACGCUGGAGUGUUCGCCCUGGACUGUGAAAUGUGUUACACAAAGCAAGGCCUGGAGCUCACUCGGGUGACGGUCAUUAACUCAGAGCUGACAGUCAUCUACGACACAUUUGUCAAACCUGCCAGCAAAGUCGUGGACUAUAACACAAGGUUUUCUGGGGUGACGGAGGAGGACCUGGAGAGUGUGAGCAUCACUCUGAGAGACGUCCAGGCCGUGCUGCUCAAUCUGUUCAGUGCAGAGUCCAUCCUCCUCGGGCACAGUCUGGAGAGUGACCUCCUCGCUCUGAAGCUGAUCCACAGUUCGGUGGUGGACACGGCCAUAGUUUUCCCUCAUCGCCUCGGUCUGCCCUACAAAAGAGCCCUGAGGAACCUGAUGGCCGACCACCUCAAACGCAUCAUACAGGACAGCGUUGGGGGCCACGACUCGAGUGAAGAUGCGUCCGCGUGUAUGGAGCUGAUGAUAUGGAAAAUCAAAGAGGACGCGAAAGUGAAAAGAUGACAGUGAUCCAACAUGGCCGCCGUUUGUUUAUAUACAGUUCAGACACAAGCCUCACGGAGCUACGGUCUUUAAAUGAGAGGACAGGACUUGUUAAAGCAAUAGGAAACCAUUAGCAGUGUUUCAUUUAGGUAUUUCUGUUCUGAAAUAUGUUAAUUUAAAGUGUUUUAUAAGCGGGGAGUCCUCUCUUGUUUCUAUAGAGUUGGCUUCAGUAGAUUUUAAAGGUGGAUUAAUUUAUUUCUGCUACAAAGUGUUCAGAUGCAGUAUUUUUUAUUUAUUUUAUUAACAACAGCUUUUGGAAAUUGAAAGCUUGAAAACAAAACUGCCAGUGUCAAAUUAUGUACUAAGUGUUAGAUUUGUGAAAAAGUUGAAAUGUCUUUUUUUGGGGGUGGAAUCUAUGAAAUCCAAUUGAGUUAUUGAGUAUUUUGUUUUAAAUGUGUUUCAUUUUUGUGCAGUUCUGCUCAGAUAAACUUGUAGCUCCUUAAAAGAAGAGAAUGGUAAACUACAACCUCAUGUAACUUUUCUGGUGGUGGUGUUGAGUUGUUUGGAAUUUUCCACAGUAUAGCAUUAAAUUUGUCUAACUCCUUGUCUAAGUGACGCCACCAGGCAACGUUACAGGUCAGAUCUGUGGAGAGCUGAGUCGGCUCCCAGCUUGAAUGCAGCUUUGAAUGUAGAUACAUCAGUUUAAUGCCGUACUGUGAAAUAUUGUAAGCAAAGCAAUAACAUCGCCAUGGAGACAAGCAGGGGGCUUACCCUCGACCAGGAAAGUUACACAGUGAACCUUUAAUUCACAGUUUAAUCUUUUUUUUUUUUUUAUCUGAUCUUAAAAGUUGAACUAUGUAACUUUUCUGGUGGAGAUUAUGCCAACUAUUUGUCCCUAUGGAGAUGUGGAAUGAGAAGUUUAAUGCCAUACUGGAGAGCAAUCUCCAUGGCAACAAGCACGUGGCACCACAAUACCAAGUUACAGGUCAGAUCUGUGGAGCUCUGACCCUGAUAACAGUAAGAAUGCAUGUUUGUCAAUAUAUUUUUAAGCAUUCACAAGGACUGAAGUAAGAUUGAAGUUCAUUGCUGUUGUACCGAACAUUCUGAGCAAAGCAAUAACAAUUCCAUGGAGUCAAGCAGAUAGGAGACCCUCCAUCAGAAAAGUUACACAGUGAGCCUUUAAUUGACAGUGUGAUCCCUUCUUUUGGACAGAUAUUUUGGAUUAUUUAUUUUUUAAUCCAACCUUAAAUGUGUAACAUUUCAAGUGAAGGGCCUGCCACUUUCUUUUCUCCAUGAAGAUGUUUAUCCAGCUUUAUCCAGAAUUUUCCACACUAUGGCAUUAAACUUGAAGUACAUGUGUUUUUAUUGCUUAAAAAUAUCUUGAUUAAAGUGAUUUUUUUUUUUUGUACUGUGGGCUGGUUUGCAUCUCCACAGAUCUGAUCUUUAACCUCGCCCUCUGCCACCACCUGCUCGUCUUCAUGGAGAUACAACAAGUUUAAUGCCGUACUGAGGGAUAUUCCAGGCAAAGCAAUAACAUCUCCACGGACUGAGACAAGCAGGUGAUGGACCCUCCACGAGAAAAGUUACAUAAUGUACCUUUUUUUACGUAUAGAAAUGGCUUAGUCCACCUUUAUAACAGGCAUUGUCUGCUGAACAGUUGUACUUGUCAUGACUUGAGCCGUUUGCACUAAAGAGACGCUCUCGUUGUUUAGGGCCCAACUCUGAGUUACCUCACGUGUGUUCGAUGCACUGUUACUUAUCCAUGUACAGUUAUGUAAAACGCACAUGUGGUUGUAUAUUAUCGAAUAUAUUUUUGUUUUUUUUGCCUUUCAAAUCCUGAAUCUUGAAUACUUGAUUGACGUUCUAGUUGAAAUAUACAAAUAUACUGUAUCAACUUGUACCUGUUAUGGGAAAGCCGACUUAUAUCAUUGUAUUUACAGCCACAGAUUCACCAUGUGUUAUGCAUGAAACUCACUUAACACACUAAAAAGCCUUUGUAACUCAAUAAUAAUAAUAUGUUUUGAUAUAAAUUAGUCUAUUGGGGAUGAACUGACCUGUGCUGUUUCAUGUUAAACAUUCAUCAGUAGAUAGUUUGUUAAAUUAAAUCUUUUUUUUACAGCUGUGAUGGGAAAAAUAGCCCAUGUUUUAGUUUGGCCCCCCUUUUUAUUUCAAUUCAGCUGCUAAAAUGUAACUUUUCCAUCACGGUUAUAAAAACAUAAAUCAAAAACUAGUACAAAAUUAUGCUGUUCCCAUUUUCUAUUUGUCCAACCUUUUUUAAUAAACUGUAUUGGCC